GUCGGCGUCCAAUCUACGGAGAUGGCGCUGACAUAUCCCGACACCAUUCGCCUCUUCUACCCGCAUCUGGGCGGCCACCUGUCCGCGAGCUGCUCCUUCGACAAGCGCGAGCCGCGGCUGCGGAGGACCCAGGCCAAGCCCAGUGACACCGAGGAAAAUGCCAAGGACUUGUGGAUCGUACAGCCGGCGGCGGGAAACCCGCCAGAUCGCGCAGUGCAGUGGUGCAUCACACCGAUCCUCUUGCGACAUCUGGGAAGCAAGAAGUACUUGGCCGUCAAAGAACAUGAUCUCGUAGCGUCUGGACUGUUGCUCCGCGGUGAGGACAAGCAUCACUCAAAGAAGGUCCGCAAGGAGGAAAUCAGCAUUAGGGCAGAGCUGGUGAACAUCCCGGGGCCACUGUGCCAGUUCUUCCUCGAACCCACAGGUGUGGUUGAGGCGCAAGCCUACAGCAGAGGAAUGUACGGUGCAGGUGUGCCCAAGGACAAAGCUGCGGUGAUGCUAAGAUGGAGCCAGCACGGCACGCCGCACCUCUGGCUGUGCUGUACCGGGGCCAAGCGAGGCAAGGGCAACUCGCUGGAUCUCACUUUCUCCUCCUCGCGCUUUUCCCGCGACAGCUUUGUGAUCCAGAACAUGGAGGGCACCAACUUUUUGAAGGAUUGUGAAGUGGUGAACGAGCACCGCUUUGCCCUCCACCGUCAGAUUGUGCCGCGAUGCCAGGAGUUUGACGAUGUCGGCAUCGCCGGUUUCAUUUGCACGCAGUGCGAGCACGCCCUCACGGACAUGAUUUUCUUCUUGACGAAUUCGCGGCACUGGCGCCAGGAUGCCAGCGCUUCCGUUCUCCCGGACCCCCUGACGGAGCCCUGGUUGGCUUUACCUGCACGGCAGCAUGUGUCCCACCAAAUGAAGUACAUCGAUGCUAGCUUCAAGCUGUUCCAUGAGUUGGUCAAGCGGACGGAGCUGCUGGUCAUCGGCGAUGUGAGAUGGGGCCGUCGGGCCGCGAAGAUGGAGUCCAAGAUGCAUGCGCGGGAAGCGCUGGCUUCCAGCGUGGACAGCCUCGCAGAGGUGGAAGCCUGGGAGGAGGUGAUGAAAGGAAUGGUCGCGACCAUGAAGACUAGAUGUCUGAAGCUGCUCGUGCGGCUGUGGCUCUGCACCUUCCUGGGCAUACGGAAGAUUGAAAGCUACUUCCACAAGCGCGGCUGGCUGGACUUGCUGAAUACCCUCAAUGGCUUUGGUCUUGGUGCCAGCGACGUGUUCGUGAAGUUGGUGAGCAACAACGAAGAGCUUGCGAGGACCAUCAACAGGGACACCUUGCUGAAGCUGCUAGACCUCAUUCGCCAGCUGGGGCCACUGGACACCUGGUUCUAUUUCCUGAAGGCAGUCUGUGCCCCACUCCAGACCGCGCUGCCGAUAAUGCAGCAGACCGUGCUGAGGUGCUUGGUCUUCGCCGGCCACCGCACCCCUGUCGAGGAGACCCGCAUUGCAGAGCGCAACAGGUCCGAGCUGCUAAUUUCGGUGGCGCCGGGUCCGCCUAUCGGACUGCCACUAGGACAAGCCUCCUCCAAGCACAUCGCCCCCCUGGAGAAGGUCUUCGGAUACCAGCUGCUUACAGAGGGCAUUUCCGAUAUACUCAUCGCAUGGACUUACCCGAACAAUUGGGUCGCCGGGCAAGGCGUCUUGUACCACGGGCCAGAG